AUGUUAACUCAUACAGAAUCAAUAAUUAGUCCACUAAUUUGCCAUAACUACAAUCUGUUUAAUAAACAAACUCACAUGUACCACCCUAUUAUAUCUGACAGUUCCACUUUACACAGUAAUCAGAUAGCCUCUUGUACAAUUAUUCAUAAAAACAACAACAGUGAUAGUAGUAACACUGCUAACAUAAACGAUAUUUCCAAUAGGAAUAAUUUACAUUUCAGAAAUAAGCCUGAUUACACAGAAAUAGCUGAGAUACGAACAUUGACAGCAUCAGAGUCACUAAAGAACAUGUGUCAGUCUUUUGAUUUGGGAACAAAACAGCUGAAUAAUGGUAAUGAUAACAAUAAUCAUCGUCAAAGUAAUGAAUCGCAGUAUUAUCAGUCAAUGCAGUAUUUAAACUCAUGCCUAUUUAAGUCACUACAAUUAAAUUUCGCAUCAUCCAGUGAAGCAUGCCACGGCUAUCAUAAUCAAAACAAUGAAAUAAAUGAGGAACUUUCAUCGGAUUAUACAACAAACAAGUUAUCACAUGGAUCAAGAAUGAGAAAUAAUGAAACUUCAAAAGAUAGUAUGUCAACAUCAGCUGUUCCAGUCAAAACGUCACCAUCUCUGUCAACAUCCUUACCUGUUUCACUCUCAUCAUCUAGUAUACAUUCAUCAUUGUAUAGUGAAUCAAAUGGGGUCCAACUUCCAAUGAGCGAUUUAUUCUCUUAUAAACAAGGAAGAGAUGAAAUAUUUAAUAAACUUGAAACGGUGAAUGAAUCAGUAAAUGAGUGUCAGAAUUCUCUUACGGAAGAUCUCUCGCUUAUGCUGAAUUUCCCUGAUUCGAUUUCAGAUGGUAAUCAGUCUUCAAACCACUCAUUGAAUAAUAACAAUAAUAAUAACAUCAGUAAUAACAACAAUAUUAUACAUCAUACAGAUGAAAUAAAAACCAACUUAACUUACACAAUUGAUCGAAUUUUGUUAUCGGAACACGAAUCACCAAACUCUGAUUUGCUAUUAAGUGUAUCAAAUCACUUAACUAAUACACUGACAGAUUCAGACCACACAAAAAAAUUAACUCAAUUUAAUUCCGAUAAUGUUGAUACUGGAAAUCAGAGUUACGUAAACAAUGUAUGGCUUUCUACUGAUCAGUUAAUUAAUGGCUCUAAUUCUACUAAUAAUUGUAGACCAACACCACCAUUCUUUUCAUCUUCAUUGGCUGAACAGUCAUCAUUGUCUUCUUCGUCAUGUUCACAAACAGGUUUUCAAUUUUGGUUUAGUAUAUUUUAUAAACUUUGGUUGGAACAAUUCAAUCAAGUUCAAUCAAAACCAAUUGAUUUCAGUCAGUCUGUGUCAGGGAUGAGUUCGAAGAAAACAGAUGAAAUUCAGUUUAAAUCAUUUCCGUUUAGUAAUAACAUAAAUAUUCAUGCUGAUAACGGUAGUGAUAGUUUUCUAUUCAAUUCAUCAAUACAUCCUUCAGUGAAUACAUCGAAUGAUUUUCGGACGUUAGAAAGUUUUACAGAAAAUCUUUUUGUGAAACCAUCGCACAUGAAAGAGGAUUCUUAUCACCGAUCAGAUUCAUUGUCUUUAAACACUAAUUCUACACUGUCCCCUCAAUCAUGUUGUAUUACAAAUGAUAUCAGCAACAAUAAACGUAAUCAGAACGAUAACUCGAAUGCUGACUCUGAAUACAAACAACAACCCUUGUACAGAAUGUGCGAAAAUGGUACAAAUCUAAAUACAGCACACUUUAGUGAUUUAAAAAAUAUUUCCCAGUCAGUUUCUCAACCUCCUCAAUCAAAACGAGCGACAAUGAAUAAAAUUACAACUCCUUGUAGUAAUCCUUUGAUGACAAUAUUAACACCAUGUACGAAGAAAUAUAGUGAGCACCACUAUAAUUACCCACUACCUACUUCAAGUCACUCUCUUCCUUCUCAAUCGAUAACAUCGACUGAAAACUCAAAAUACUCAGUAAAUGUUGUACACAAGCCAUCGAUUUUAUCUAACUAUAGGUUACAUUCAAACUAUUCAAGACUACGUGGAAAAUCCGUGAUUAGUGGUAACAUUUCAAACGAUAAUUUACAACAACGUGGAUACCGAGCUUUACCAUUCCCAUUAACAAAACGCGAUGGCCGCAUGCAUUACGAAUGUAAUAUAUGUCGCAAAACUUUUGGACAAUUAUCUAAUUUAAAAGUGCAUUUACGUACACAUACAGGUGAAAGACCAUUCCGUUGUGAUACAUGCCAUAAGGGCUUUACGCAGUUGGCUCAUUUACAGAAGCACAAUUUAGUACAUACCGGUGAAAAACCACAUCAAUGUACAGUGUGCGGGAAACGUUUUAGCAGCACAAGUAACUUGAAAACACAUUUACGACUACAUAGUGGUGAAAAACCAUUUGCGUGUAAGUUAUGUACAGCCAAAUUUAGCCAAUUUAUUCAUCUAAAAUUACAUCGACGUUUACACGCCAACGAAAGACCAUUUAUCUGCCCAAGAUGUCAUCAUAAAUUUCUCGAUUCAAAAGGACUGAAGCAACACUGGAGACGAGGAAUCUGUUAUUCUUGCGAAGAAUUACCUCCAGGUAACUGGAGUGAUAUGGAUGGUGAUGAGGAUGCUACUGAAACUCAAGUAAGAAAAACGCCUUCUUCAGUAAGUUCCAGUAAUCACAGACAACAACAGCACAAGCGUUCAAAUAGAAUUUGUGAUAUGGACAGUGAUAUUAGCCACAUUACUUCCACUACUACUGAUAAAGGAACUAAUAAAAGACGCCAUUUUCCCACAAAUAUGAUUCCAAUGUAUAUAACACCAUAAAAAUGUGAAAGAGGUAUACCUCUAGUCC